UGCCGUACGAUAUGGCUACCAGCUGAUUGUUGGCCUGUUCGGGAAGAGGUCUGCUCCAGUGCUCUAGUUACUGUGCUGUUUCAGGAAGUGUUUUAUGGCGUUGGAGCCUAGCCUUGGAUUUGUCUAUUCAUUGUAUUAACUUUAGCGGAAGAAACGAUACAGGCAGCUAUAUUUAGCUUGUUAGGGAACUGGACUUCCAACGAAAUGAGAGGCGACGCUGCUUUCAGCUCCAAUUCUUUUUCUUUUUAAAUCCCCGCUCCAGGUAUCGCUGACAUGGACCGCCUAUCUCAGGGCCAGUCGAAGGAUGAUGCGCUUCCCCAGUCGCCGUCUACCUGCAGCCUCCCCACGGCUUUUGAUCUGUCGCGGAGACGUCGCCACAGCCCGGGGAGUCCCGCCCCCGUGGGCGGCCUGCCCCUGGCUCGGGCGCCCAGGUGGCGCGACCCCUCCAGCAGAGGGGUGGAGCCCCCGGGGAGCAGCUCCCCGUCCUAUCGCCAUUCCCUGACGGCUCAGCAGGUGCAGCCGGAUAAUGCCUUCUCCAACACCACCGUCACGCUGUCCUACAUCAACAGGUCUCACCUUCACUCGGCGCAGGACCAGAUCGCUCCCGGGGUCCGGUCCGUUCCGCCUCGAGCCGGCGUCCUCUCGCAGCACCCCCCGCCCGAUUCCAAGGGGCACAGGCCCGUGAGUUCGGCUGGCAGGGACGGCGGAGGGUAUCGGGGGCAGGCCGCCAACCGACAGGCAGGCGAACUGGCACCGCGGUCUGAACACCUCAGGGCGUUUUCGGAGGCCCCGCCCGUGGAGCGGGAGAAGGGCGGGCCGGGGGGAGUCGCUCGCUUCGCGCAGCACGCUCCGGGCUUCAACGGUAAACACGAACUCCUGGCGCCCGGCGGAGCCUCCGGCCUCCAGCGUCGUCACGGCGACAGCGUCGCGGAAGGCGGGAACAGGUUCUCCCAGCACAGGGAAGGAGAUCAGAGGAGAGGGGUGCCGAACGGCGUCAAAGGGGGCUUCUGGGAUCUGGAGUCCUGCUUGGGGAAAUACUCAAACUUCCGACCCCGGGUGGAGCAGAGGCAGGGCGCAGGGGAAGCUUCUGACCGGGCCAGGAGAGCCUCCAGGAAACUCUACACCUCUUUAAACGAGGACUUCAUGAGCCCUUCGGACGAACGGUUCUUCCCCGCUGAGAGCUCGGGAGACGAAAUGGAGGACCUGGGCGCUCUUCCGCAGGCGCGGAACUCCCCCAGCUCCGACAGCCCCGGUCCGGAGGAGGACGCGGCCGACGUGGCCGGGGUGAGGUCGGCGGAAGGGGAGGGCUGUAGGUUCACGGUGCAGUUCGUGGAGGUGAGCAGCUCCCCGGAGGACAGCAGCAGCGACGAUAGCGAUGUCAUAGAAGUUCCCGUUACCAACAGCGCAGCGUCGCCGUCGGCGGGGCUGCCACAGCCGCUGGGGAAACCGCCAGCGCCGCCAGAGCGCCUGUCCGAGAGGAAGCGGCCGACUCGCGCCGUCGCGAAGACGGAGCGGACGGCGCCCGAGGAGCGCCUGAACGGGAACACGCUGGGGGACGGGCGCGAAGUCGGGCGGAGUAAACCGCCUCCCCACGCCAUCCUGGCGGCCCUGAGGCGGGAGGUGGUGGUGAACCUCACCCCGCUCGGGCCCAAAGCGUUCGGUCACGCCCGGCCCGCGGAGCAGCGCGCCCAGCCCGAAAACCUGAGCGGCGAGCGGCGCGCGGUUCUGCCCGGAGGGGCUUCGGACGGCGAUUCGGCGUGCGAUUCUGAGGCGGAGAUGGAGGCGGCCCACCUGGCCGCGGCGGGUCUGCAAGAUGGCGGCGGCCGUGACCCCCGCCCCGGCAGGCAGAAGGGCCGGCGGUCUACCUCGGGGUCCGAGGACGGGAGCUUCGCGAAAUCUCGCGACUGCAGCACGUCGUCCCCCGGCCCGUCCACCCCGAACGGGAUGGGGAUGGAGACGGAGACGGAGGCGGGGCAGCCGGGCGGCCCCCUGCCCCAGAGCUGCCCUCAGAAAGCGGCGGCGAAAGCCCCCAAAAGGACGAGGAAGCAGCAGAAGAGUCGCGCCAAGCGGUCGAAGACGAGCAGCAAGCCGAAGAAGAAGCGCAAGCGGGCCGGCCAGCCCUCCUCCGCGUUCUGCCCGCAGGAGCCAGAAAUCAAGCUCAAGUACGCCACCUACAGGGAGGAGAAGAGAGACGGCAGAGCCGCCGCCUUCGCGCCGUACGUGCACCUGGAGAAGAAGGAGUUCUCCAGGUGCACCGUCGUCAACUACCUGGAGGAGGAGACGGGCGGGCCGAAGAAGGGCCGCUCGAGGCCGGCGGGCCCGGGGCUGCUGGCGCCCGGCGCGGUCCCCGCCACCUCGUGCCUGGAGCUGGGCCGGCUGGACGCGGAGGGCCGGCGGCGGGCCGACCAGACGUGCUGCCUCUGCGGCGGCUCGGCCAACGCCGUGGAUCUGGGGGACCUCCACGGGCCGUACCGUCCCCGCAAGGGCCGGGGCCCGGGGCCCGGGGCGCCCGCCCAGCCGCGGGGCCCCAAGGACGAGGAGGAGGAGGCGGCCUGCAGCGACUCGGACACCUCCUCCUACGACGGGCGUCGGGGGGAACGCGGCGGCGUCCGGGUGGAGGAGGAGGAGGAGGAGGACGGGGGGGCGGGCGCCCAGCCCCGCAGGCCGUCCCCCGGGCCGAGGCGGGACGCAGCUUUAGCGGCUCAGUGCCGCUGGUUCUGCGACGAGGACAGCCUGCAGGGCCCCGCGGCCCAAACGCCCUGUCCCGCGCCGGACCGCGGCGACCGGCGCAGCGCCCCCGCCGAAGCGCUGCACUCCGGGGAGUUCUGGCUGCACGAGGACUGCGGCGUGUGGUCCACCGGCGUCUUCCUCGUGAGAGGGAGGCUGUACGGCCUGGAAGAGGCUGUCAGGCUCUCGCAAGGAACGGUCUGUUCCACGUGCCAUGCAGCGGGGGCCACGCUGGGCUGCUUUUUCAAAGGCUGUCCCAAUAAGUACCACUACAGGUGUGCUCUGCUGUCAGACUGCGUGCUCAACGAGGAGAACUUCACCAUGAAAUGCACAAAGCACAAGAAUAAAUGCUUGAAAGGUGUGAGCAGAGCAGAGAACAGGUGACGGAAGACGACGGCCAGCCCCGUGCCAGGUUUGCUAUUGGGCAGGUCCUGUGUGCUUUCUGGGGCGAGGCGUGUGUACGUCAGCUGAUAUGGAGUUCAUGUCUGCAGCCCGUGAUCCUGUCCCGUCACUCGCUGCGGUGGCCAUGACGACGACGGGGGGGGGGGAAGAACGUCAGUGGAGCUCCGCGCGGGGGCUCCCCGUCCAGCGCCAGCCCGAUUCCGUUCCACCUUUGAGUUCCGCUGCGUGCCCGGCGUUCUGCUCGGCGGGCACCAUCUGCUCAGAGCUGCCUUCGGUCUCCAGCAGGCAGCCUGCCCCAGUCACGCCCAGAUCCAGUGUACCCACAGUGCACCUCACUGGAGACGCCAGGCCUUAAGACGAUGAGAUAUUUAGAGAGAGGCUCCCCGUAAGAAGGGAACGGCUACUUGUGUCGUUUUUGGGGUCAUGAAUCCAAAUUUACGGUGUUUGGCCGUGCCCCAUGGCGACAGAUUUCAGUGGGCGUUUUUAAAGAUGUCAGCGGACUCUAUGACACUAUGAAUUUAACGACACUGCUUUGGCAAAACCUCCCAGUGACAAGGUUAGAAGCCCAAUGAUUACAAAUGUUUUGGUCAGUCAACAGUUUUUUAUUUUUGUUUUUAAUUCUAAUUGUGUAUAAUUAGCUGGGUCUGGAACAGGGUUUUGCAUAUUUAAGUUUUUGUAUUAAUUUAUAUAAAUAUGUCAAAAAUUGAUAAAUUAUUAUUUAAGGCAUAUUUUGAUGUAUGUUCCAGAUAUUUUGCCUGCAUUUUAGGAGGGGGAGGGGGCAAAAGAAUGCUCAACGCACUUGACCAAUUGGAGUCAAUCUCAGGCCCUCUUGUUCCAAAUGUGAUUAUAUUUAUAAUUUAUACACUAUUUUCUUCAGGAAAAAAAAAAAUUGAAUAAGCAAAACCCAAGCAUAACUGAACGAUUAUGAGCGAGGUCUUUGGUGUGUGGCUGUGCGCUCAGGUUAAGCAGAAGGUUCAGUCAAAAGACGAGAUGCAUUUGAAUGUACCUGAUUCGCUGGCUGUCCGUGCCGGUGUGAAAUAUCUGACUCCGAGUCUGCUUUUGGCUUCGUUAGUUUCUGUAUUACGCUUGUUGUCAUGAACUAGUGACAAGCAACCGGAGACCACGAUGAGUUUUGCUUUUUGUUUUGUGUUUUCUAGUGUGGCCGUUGGCAUCUGCAGUGUUUCCCUGGUUUCUGUCCUGUACCGGCAUGGGGCAGAUUUUGCCAGUCCCUUAACAAGCCUUACUUCUUGAAGGUGUUCUCUCUGCCAUCUUUUUGUUAAAGCGUUCUUUUUUUAUUUUUUUUUAUGUGCCCCGUGUAUUUUACCUAGUGACCACAUGUAAAGAAAAUCUCCUUUUCAAAGACAGACCAGGUUAGUAGGCCUAAUGUGAGCAUUUGUCCCUUUACAGAUCGAAAUGUAAGAAAUACUUUCAUCUGUUCCAAAGCUGUGUAUAAUGCUUAUAAAGUCCUAAAUUAAAUUAUUCUUUUCAGAAUCUUCCAAUACCAAGCAGUGUAGGUGAUUUAAAAAAUAAUAAUAAUAAUAUCCUGACCUUUAACCUGGUAUGUAUACUUGGUCUGUUUGAGCAAAUUGUGUGUGGGUUUUUUUUUUUAAAUUUAUUUUUUAUUUUUUAUUAUUAUGAUUUAUUCCAGGCAGUGCUGGGGUGGAUUGGAUUGGGUGAUUGUAAGUUUGGGGGUAAAUAUCUGAUUAGUUUUACCCUGUAUUUCAGGGCUACUGGAGUUCUGCUUUUCCCCACAAAGUGUGCUUGAAUUAUUGUGUUCAUUAAACUGGCUCAGCUUUCCUUCCAAACUCGUGAGUGUGUCAGUGGAGAAAGAGGCGCUGCCAACGUCGCUGUAUGUAGUUAUUCUCCAGUGUGUGUGUGUGAGUGUGUGUGUGUGUGUGUCUUGUACCAUUUUUGAGUGGGGAAUCCCACCCAUGAAGUUGGUGACGUUGUGUAAAGGGUCCAAACCAUCAUUCACGAAAAGAAUUUCCUCAGGCGUGUACCAAAGAGGCCACAGAACAGAAGGUCUGGGGGGGGGGGGGGGGCUUUUGUUUGUUUUUUAUAAGAGUCCAGGUGGGGAGGUAUUUGUCUCUAUGUAUUUAAUCUGUGAUUCUGUGAUGGGAAACACUUCAACAACAGGGCAGGUAAGAAGACGAUAAUGUCUCACAAAAUAUCUGGCUUUCCCCCCCCAUUGUUGGCAUCAUUUUAGCAAAUUCUCAGGAUGUUCUAGUUCUUCUUUUGCGUGGGCGGUGAACAUUAAUAUGGGGGGGGGGUGAGUCUGUGCUCUGCUUCUGCUCACCGUAACUGAGGUGAUGUCUGAGGCCCUGGAGUAAAGCCAGGUCAUGAACAGGUCAAAGAAAGGUAGAGGAGAGGGGAAAAAAAAAAAAAAAAAACUUAAAUGUGUGUGUGUUUGCAUGCAUUUUUUUUUAGUGUGCCUCAUUGUAAAGUCAUUUCUCUUAUUAUAAAUGAGGUUCAUGAAAUUCUUUUUAACUAGACCUCUGAGGAAGUGCGUGUGCUGAACAUCGCUGAACCCCACUGUAAGUCAAAACUCUGAGUGUGGGGUUGACCAAAAAAAAAAUAUCAGAAGACCUGAAAAUAUGAAAUUCAGUUUCUUGCUGGACAUUAAUUUAUCAUCAUUUAUUAUCAUACAAUUUAUUUCCAAAUUAGAUUUUAUUUAGUGUGUACUUGAUUGACUUUUAAAAUGGAUUAAUCUCAGGGAGACUCAAUAUUUUUGUUUGUAUUCUUUGGACUGAUCUCCCAGUCCUCCUCUCGCUCUCUCUCUGGUGAGCUGCUCCUUGAGCAGAGAUGCACAGCAUUCAGUGACACCAUGUUAACCCUUUGAAGAGUAGGUUUUUUUGGAAUGUUCCUUAAAAAAAAUUCCACGUCAGUGUUUUUGAACUCCAUCCGUUUCAAAUACCAGCAUUGAUUGUGACAUCAGAAUUAGAAUGUUCAGUUCAGAAUGUUCCAAUCACAGUUGAAGUGUUAAAGCAUUUCACCGCACAAUUACGUACAUGCCUGGACAAUUUUACAUUGAAAUUAAGAUUGAAUUUGUUUGAGUUGAAAUUCAUUGUUUUAUUAUUUUUAACAAUCUGUAGAAAUCCCCAAGACCUUCAGAGACGCAGUUUAACCAUUCUUUUCAUGAUAAGUUAACUGAGGGCUGCUUGAAUGUAUUCAUUUGUAAUUUAAUAUCUUUUUUAUUUUUAUUUUAUUCAGUCUAACCACACUUGAAGUAGGAACAUUUUGUACUGCUCAGUCUUUUCAACGUGAAUGGUGUUUAAACAGAAAUGCUACCCAGUCCAAGCUCUGUGAAAUGGAUGAGAUUAUACACAGUGCAGAGAUGGACAUGUGUUUAUAUAAUUGGGAAGCCUCCCGCUUAUUUGUCCUUUUAUAAUCCGUUCUAUCGAAAGGGACGUUCAAUGUGACUGAGCUCCGCAGGGACAGAUGUCAUCAGACUCACUUGGCAGUGGGUACUGUGUUAUUAUGUAAGUGGCAGUAUUAUUAUUACUAUUUUUUCUUUGUAGGAAUUCAGUAACCAGCAAAGGGCUUUUCAGAAGAGGAGUAGAGACUGACUGUCACUGUGUGCUCUCAGUUGUGGGGAGAUAUUCGUUUGAGGUAUGGCUGGUUUCGUGGCUAUCCAUUGGUCCAAAGUGCUUCUCCCGUUGCACGUGAUUGGCCCAAGUCCUAUUUGAGCACUUCUGUUUGGAAGGUGUACUGCAGCUCGAUUGGAGGUUUUUACCAAGACAAUUAUCAAAGUGGCAAACAAGAAGUAUAUUUACCAUGUCCUAUUGCUGGUGGGGGGGGGGGAGACGCAUACGUACACGUGUACACUCGCAUUGAUAGACCCAGCCUCUGACCUUCUGUUUUUUUUCUUUUGUUUUUUUUUUUGCUUUACAUCCCAAUUCUGAACUGCAAAAGAAUAGUGUGUGUGUGUGUGUGUGUGUCUCAGUGUAUGUGGAGUUUCAUUCAGCACAGUAGAGCAUUUAGCUGUAGUCUUGGACACCAGAGUUUUGGGGUGAAUAUUCUGGGAAAUUCUAUAAAUGUACGGUUGCUAGAAACAAGGGAGAUCGUUUGUUGAUAUUGUGAAUGCACAAGUGAAACUGCUUCAAAAAUGUUUUCCUGCCCUUUUUGUACACAAGCUCUUGUUAAAUAAAGUGAUUGCUGCAUUCUU